AUGCAGAUCCGUGUCUCGCAUGUGAUGCCGAUGAAUCCGCGAUCCACAGUGUUCCAAAAAAGACCACGCAGAACAACCAAGUUGAGUAUCCAGCAUGCCAGUCCUUCAGAUUACAGCGGAUCAAUUGUGGCCAAGAAGCUGGAAUUCAUAAUGUUUGCACUUUUUGAGUAUCCCUCUAUCAACAAUAUUAAGGACAUGGUCAUCAUCAUAAAGGCGAUCCCAACCAGGCCAGUAGAGAACGCCUAA